UGCACAUACGUUCCGCUGGAUUGAUUGCUGUCCACUUAGCUUGGCACUGACUUGGACUUACCGCAGAAUUGCUCAAAUUAUAUAGGUCCUUGGUCAAGAUUUAUGUGUGACUGAGAAUCAACACUCUCACCAUGGGCCUGUUGACAGACACUCGAACCCAAGCUGUCCUGUCUCGUAUUAUCCUGGCUGUCCAUAAGCCUCUGGAGGUGAUUCUUUAUAUCGCCGGUGUGGCUUCUUUGCUUGCAUUGGCAUUCACCCCUCUUAAUGAUAAGACUUACUUCUCUGAAAAUGCUCUGUUACCAGGCCUGGUGGAGAGGAAGUACCUAAUUGAUCAUAGCAUCAAGGAUUAUGCCAAGGAACUGACCCGACUUGGAGCUGUAGAUAAUGGUAAAGGGCCUAUCCCUGAAGAAUGGGUGAAAGCUCAGUUUAUGGACCUGGGUUUAGAUGUGUAUUCACAAAACUUUACUGUACAGCACCCGUUCAUCACUAAAACAAAUGGAACCAGAGGAACUGGAGGUGUCACUGGAACCAAUGUGUAUGCAAUUCUUCGAGCCCCAAGGAUUGCAGGUACUGAAGCUAUAGUCAUCACAGUACCCUAUCGUAAUAAAGAGGCUGAAGCAGGCAGGUCAAGGACUCACCAUGGGAUUGGCCUGAUGUUGUCAUUAGCAAGCUUCUUCAGCAAGAACACAUUUUGGUCAAAGGACAUUGUCUUUGUGGUUGUGGACAAAGAAGAGGUUGGGAUGCAAGCCUGGUUAUCAGGCUACCAUGAUAUCCCGUCAGAGUAUCUCCAAAUAAGUCUAAUGCUCGGACGUAGUGGCUCUAUCAUUGCAGCCAUCAAUUUAGAACUUGGUUCUGAAUUUACUGAUCACAUUGACUUGAAGAUUGAAGGUUUAAAUGGACAGUUGCCCAACCUGGAUCUCUUCAACCUGGCUGUUAGACUAUGUCGUUUAGAGAGGGUCCCUGUAACAUUCCAGAAUAGAGCUGACCCUCCCGAAAGACUGGUUCUCAAGUGGGCGGGACUAAAGCAUUCAGCCACAACAAUGCUUCUCAACAUGGCUAAGCAAGCUAGUGGAAAGCCAAGUGGAAUCCAUGGUCUGUUUGUGCGCUACCACAUAGAAGCCCUGACUCUCCAGGCUCAUCCUGCAAAGCGUGGGUUGGGAGUAGAAGCAGUUGGACGUGUCAUGGAGGGAGUUGUUCGCAGUGUCAAUAAUCUGCUGGAGCGGUUUCACCAGUCUUUCUUCUUUUACGUCCUCCCCAGCUGUGAAAGAUAUGUUUCAAUUGGCCUGUACAUGAUUCCGUUUGGACUUUUGUUGGUUGUGCCCACACUGCGUGCGAUGGCCCUUUGGCUUCUUGCAGUUCAACCCAUUGAACAGAUUACCACUUCAGAUGAAAAAGAUCAAGAUGAGAAAGAGGACAUUGAUAAAAAAGCAAAAGAGCAAGAAGGUCGUCCCUUUGGUCAAGUAAUGCCUCUCAUAAUAGGUGCGCACAUCAUGGGAGCCAUACUGUUUGUAAGUCCACAAUACCUCGUCAGUGAGCACAUCAAAGCGUUCAAUGUCAGCCCACAAGGUGCCAUUGCUAUUGGAUUUGCAGCGUUCUUUGUUGGCUCAUCAUCACUUCCCAUUUUCGGUCGGAGGAGUAAUUUUCAAACAAAUGAGCAACUGCCUUCGGACUGGCAGCUCUUAAAGUGUCUGACACUCAUUUGGUACACUGUGACUCUGUUGGCAGUGUCCAUGUUCAACUUUUCUCUCGCUUUCUUUGUUGCUGUGCCAACGAUUCCCAUUGUGGUCCUUGUCCGACCUGUAGAACGUGUAAUCUUGAAAAUGAUUCAGGGGUUUCUUCUUCUGUUGAUAUCCCCCCUAUCUUUGAUAUAUUCCUUUAUAACUCUUAAUCAUGGCUAUUUUCAUUCUAGGGAUGCUAUGAUAGACAUUCUUAACCAGGGAUUUUACAAGACUGUAGAGUCCUUUUUUGAAGGUGUGGUCAAUGCUUACUUGUUUGGCAACAAAACAUUUGCUUUGAUAACACUUGUUUGGUUUCCCAUCUGGUUUCUCUUUUGGGUAGUACUCUUUAGGAAAGCAAGUAGUUCAACGAUUUCUAAAUGAUUUGUGUCAAUAGUUAUCUGUAUAAAGCAUGUGGAAAUAAGAAUCUAAAUAAUUUGCUGUCCUAAAUACAUGUAUGAGUUUGUACAUUCACUGAUGACACAUACACUUUAAUCUGCCGGAGUAAAAUAUUUUGGGACCAAAAAAUGUUGUUGAUAAUGCAACAUUGCACUCCAGUCGGAAAAACAAAUUGCUUUGACAUACGCGAUUCUUUGACCUCCAUUGUUUUAAAAGUUGAAUUUAAAAGCAGAGUCUAGUGUAGGGGAAGGCGGGGUAAGUUGUGACACUUUGCAUUUUGCAUGUUAGAAUUGAUAUGACUAAUAAUAUUGUAGAAAUAAGUACCUUUCCUUUAAAUUUGAUUCUUGGGAAAUAUUUUUCACCUAUAUAUAACCUUCUACCCUCACACUGAAAUUCAUUGUGACCUUUGAAAAAACAAUGUCAAAUGGCUCAACUUGCCCCAUAUGUGGGGUAAGUUGUGCCACCUUCUGGGGUAAGUUGAGCCACAAAAACUAUGUACAAAAUGUAUGCGGGAAGAAGCAGCAUGUCAAUUUUUUAUUUCAAGCCUUUUCACUUGCUAAUUCUCUGUAAAUACUAACAUCCUCUAAAGUAAAAGAACUCAUGUGACUUUACACCUUUCUGCCUGCAUAUCAAUGGCUUUUAAAGUUUUUUUUAAAUUUUUCAUUCUUAUUACCAUAAGAAUUACCAUGGCUCAACUUGCCCCAUGUUGGC